GCCUGCGUCUAUGCGCGGGUAGGCUGGCUGGGCUGCACGCGGGCCAAAUCUACAUUGUGAUUGCCAUACAGUCUGGCAAGUUCGCUGCACAGUAAAUAUUUUGUAAUUUUCGCUCCGAUCCAUGUCAAAAAUGGCAGAUACACAGGACGACAAGCUCUACAAGGCUGAGUAUGCGAAAAGUGGACGCGCAUCUUGCAAGAAAUGCAAAGAAAACAUUGCGAAGGACUCAUUGCGAAUGGCUAUCAUGGUGCAGUCGCCCAUGUUCGACGGUAAGGUGCCGCACUGGCACCACUUCUCGUGCUUCUGGCAGCGGGCGGCGGUGCAGACGGCCGGCGACAUCUCGGGCUUCAGCGACCUGCGCUGGGAGGACCAGGAGAAGGUCAAGAAGGCCAUCGAGAGCGGCGGAGCCAUGGGAGGGAAGGGCGACCAGAAGGGGGGAGCCAAAGGGGAGAAGACGUUGAACGACUUUGCGGUGGAGUACGCCAAGUCCAACAGGAGCACCUGCAAGGGCUGCGAACAGAAGAUUGAAAAGGACCAGAUCCGCGUGUCCAAGAAGACGGUGGACGCGGAGAAGCCGCAGCUGGGCCUGAUUGACCGCUGGUACCACACGGCCUGCUUCGUGAGCCGGCGGCAGGAGCUGGCCUUCAAGGCCGAGUACAGUGCUGCGCAGCUCAAAGGCUUCGCCAACCUCAAGGCCGAGGACAAGGAGGAGCUCAAGAAGAGACUGCCCGCCGUCAAGAGUGAAGGGAAGAGGAAGGGCGAUGAGCCGGAUGGAGAGGGCGCUCCCAAGAAGAUGAAGAAGGAGGCCGAGGAAGAGGAGAAGAAGCUGGAGACGCAGCUCAAGGACCAGUCCCAGCUGAUCUGGGGCAUUAAGGACAAGCUGAAGAAGUACUGCUCCACCAACGACAUGAAGGAGCUGCUCAUUGCCAACGGGCAAGACGUGCCCUCGGGAGAGUCCAAUAUCGUGGACAGCCUGGCCGACUGCAUGGCGUUUGGCGCUCUGAAGCCGUGCGAGACGUGCCAGGGCCAGCUGGUGUUCAAGAGCGACGCGUACUACUGCAACGGUGACAUCUCCUGCAGACUGAUGCUAUAUAAGCCAGUGUGUGUGUGUGUGUGUGUGCGUGUGUACUCAGAUAAGCCCCUGACGGGUCUGAAGCUGCUGGCCGUGGGGAAGCUGUCGAAGAACAAGGACGAUGUCAAGGCUGCAGUGGAGGACCUGGGGGGCAAGAUCACCGGGACGGCCAGCAAGGCCACGCUCUGCAUCAGCAGCAGGAAGGAGGUGGAGAAGAUGAGCAAAAAGAUGGAGGAGGUGAAGGAGGCGUGUGUGCGCGUGGUGUCGGAGGACUUCCUGACGGACAUCAAGUCCUCGGGCAAGGCCCUCCAGGAGCUCAUCUCCCUGCACGCUAUCUCCCCCUGGGGGGCUGAGGUCAAACUCGAGGCCCCGGCUCCGUCUGCGGCCUCCAAGUCCACCGGAGCCCCUGUGGCCAAGAGUGCAGGCAGGGUCAAGGAGGAGGAGGGGGGCAGUAAGUCUAAGACAAUGAAGCUGACGGUGAAGGGUGGAGCAGCGGUGGACCCAGACUCUGGGCUGGAGAACUGCGCUCAUGUGCUGGACCAGAAUGGGAAGAUCUACAGCGCCACCCUUGGCCUGGUGGACAUAGUGCGGGGAACCAACUCCUACUACAAGCUGCAGCUGCUGGAGGACGACGUGCAGAAGAGGUACUGGGUGUUCCGAUCAUGGGGGCGUGUUGGUACCACUAUUGGAGGAAAUAAGCUGGACAAGUUCUACGAUAAGAACUCUGCAAUGGACAACUUCCGCAACGUCUACGAGGAGAAGACCGGAAACUCAUGGACCUCCACCAACUUCACCAAGUACCCCAACAAGUUCUACCCCCUGGAGAUCGACUACGGCCAGGACGAGGAGGCGGUGAAGAAGCUGACGGCCAGUGCGGGCACCCAUUCUAAGCUGGCCAAGCCGGUCCAGGAGCUCAUCCGCACCAUCUUUGACGUGGAGAGCAUGAAGAAGGCCAUGGUGGAGUUUGAGAUCGACCUGCAGAAGAUGCCUCUGGGAAAGCUGAGCAAGAGACAGAUCCAGAACGCCUACGCACUCCUCAGCGAAGUCCAGCAGGCGGUCUCAGACAGUGCUUCAGAAUCCACCAUUUUGGAUCUAUCCAAUCGCUUCUACACUCUCAUCCCCCACGACUUUGGCAUGAAGAAGCCGCCUCUCCUCAACAACCUCGACUACAUCCAGGCCAAAGUCCAGAUGCUGGACAACCUCCUGGACAUCGAGGUGGCCUAUAGCCUGCUGCGUGGAGGGGCCGAGGACAACAAAAAGGACCCCAUCGACAUCAACUACGAGAAACUCAAAACCAAGAUCGAGGUUGUUGAUCAGUCUUCACAUGAAGCUCAGCUCAUCCAACAGUAUGUGAAGAACACACACGCGGCCACACACAACACCUACACUCUGGAGGUGGAGGAGAUCUUUAAGGUGGUGCGGGAGGGCGAGUACCAGCGCUUCCGUCCGUUCGAGGAGCUGCACAACCGCCAGCUGCUGUGGCACGGGUCACGCACCACCAACUACGCCGGCAUCCUGUCGCAGGGUCUGCGCAUCGCGCCACCCGAGGCUCCAGUGACGGGUUACAUGUUUGGUAAAGGUGUGUACUUCGCCGACAUGGUGUCCAAGAGCGCCAACUACUGCCACACCUCCCAGGCUGACCCGGUCGGUCUCAUUCUCCUGGCCGACGUCGCCCUCGGCAACAUGCAUGAGCUGAAGAAGGCAUCACACAUCACCAAAUUACCUAAGGGUAAACACAGUGUUAAAGGUGUUGGCCGAACUGCCCCGGACCCCAGUGCCACGGUGAAGCUGGAUGGGGUCGACGUGCCUUUGGGCAAAGGCUCCACCACCAACAUCGAGGACACCAGCCUGCUGUACAAUGAAUACAUUGUAUACGACGUCGCUCAGGUGAACCUCAAGUACCUGCUGAAGAUCCGUUUCAACUACCAGACGUCCCUGUGGUGAGGCCAGGGGUGACCUCACAUUUGACCUCUCACCUCUGACCUCAGCCCAUGGGAUGGGGAUCCUGUGGUCCUGGACAUCACCACUUGCCCACCACUGGGCCCUAAUCCAUUGACACACACACACACACACACACAUACACACUCACACCCACACACCCUUGCCAUCCCCAGGAACUGGAGGCAGGAAUUUACCAAAACACACUCACCUGCCCAUCCUGCUUUCUCAUUUGUGAUACUGUAUACUUGUACAUGGCUCAUAGCCGCUGCCGUUAGCUUUGGGUAGGCUUAGCAAGAUGGCCGCACGCCUCCCCUUACUUGCUGUGUUGGGAUCGCCCUCCGUUUAACCCAGGGGGAAAGGACCCUGUGGAGGACAAAGCUGCUUUCCCACUUAAAUGAUCUCAGAAGUUUGCUUGAUACAGUUGGGAAGAGCUAUUCCCAUCAAUUGUCAAGGCAACACGAGUCUUCCAUUUAUUUCCGUCUUCCGUCUCUCAACAAAGAGUUUUGUUUUUCUUAAUUUGUAAUAUCCUGUUAGGCUUUGGUAAAUUCAUAGGACACCACCUUACAACAAGGUUCAAACUGAGGUUUGAUAGUAUUUUGGUAGAAAAAAGGCAGUAUACUUUCAUUUGUUGUUAAGGAAGACAGCAACUUUUCCUGUAAAAUGCCAUGUGUUGAUAAUAUGUAUUUGAUACUAGGUAAUCUGAUCGGUCGGUAGUAACGUCUUUUUUUGUCAUUGCUCUGUUCCACUGCUGUUUUUUCUCUCUCCUUUGCUGUUGAAGUUGGCACAGUAAUAGAUUAAACAAGUAAGCAAAGUUUUUGUUAGAUAAAAACUUAUAAUAAAAGACAACUGAGCAUUGUGAAAA